AUGCGCCUCCCGAAGACAUACGGCCUGAAUCAGGCAUAUCUCCUCCUCCUCGCGCACAGCGCGCUCGCUAGUCAUCGCGCCGAGGCUGGUUCCGAGGGGGAAGGGAGGUUGCCUGUUCCGAAGCGGGAGCUUGAAUGGGGAGAUGCCAACUUCUUAGCUAUAUCUGAUACGCACGGCUGGUUAUUGGGACAUCAACAUGCGACCUGGCCAGAACCAAACUACUCGGGCGACUAUGGCGACCUAGCGUCGUUCGUGACCCACAUGCGCGAGAUCGCAGCUUCCAAGGGAUCCGACCUGCUCCUGGUAGACUGCGGAGACCACCACGACGGCUCCGGCCUCGUCUCGUCCUCCCCAUCAGGCGCAAACAGGGCCGACGAGAUAUUCCAUCAGCUCGAAUUCGAUGUUGCGACGAUAGGGAACCACGAGCUGUAUAGCUAUGAGGUGGCAAGGGUGGUGCAUGAGCAGGCUAAGGGAUUGGGAGGACGGUAUUUGACCUCCAAUGUGAAUAUUACAGUGCCGGGGAGGGACGGAGUGUGGGAAAGCGUGCCUAUUGGAGAGAGGUAUAGGAAGUUCAAGACGCCGCAGGGACGGAAAGUGACUGCUUUUGGGGUCAUAUUCGACUUCCAGGCACAUGACCUGAAUCUGACAAUCCAAUCCCCUACGCUCAUGUCCCAAGAGCCAUGGUUCCUCGAGACACUCCGCGAUGCGCCAGACUACUUCGUUCUAGCCGGGCACAUGCCUGUCCGAGGCCAAGGAGCGGACUGGACACCGGUCUAUGAUGCGAUUAGGGCGCAGCACCCCGAUGUACCGAUCUUCAUCUUUGGUGGACAUACGCACGUCCGAGAUUGCGCGCAGUAUGAUGAUCGGUCUAUCGCAGUCGUACCGGGUCGAUAUCUCGAAACUGCGACAUUCGUCUCCUCAGACCUGCCUGGCAAAAGCGACAGUGGAGACCCGCUGAAUAUAAACCGGCGAUAUAUCGAUGCAAAUCGGGUAUCGUACCAGUUCCACACGCACACGAACCACAGCACGUUCGACACGCCCCUCGGCCAAAACAUCACCUCCAACCUCGUCCACCUAGCCACCGCCCUCAACAUCUCCACACCCCUCGGACACGCCCCUAUCGACCUGUACCUCGCGCGGUAUCCAUACGGCCACCGCAGGUCCGCAUUGACUGUGUGGACGAAUGAGGUCUUGCCUGCUACGGUUGUGGAUGAGGAGAGGAGAGGGAGGAGGAUCAUCAUUGGGAAUACGGGGAGUCUGAGGUUUGACUUGUUUGCAGGACGGUUCGAUAAGAACGACGAAUUGACUAUAUCCCCUUUCAAGUCGAGGUUCUGGUACACCCGCCUCCCUGCAAGCUUCGCUCUCACCCUCACACCCGAGAUGAACCGCGCUGGCGCGUCUAAGCUUCUCCCGGCGUCCUUCAAUGCAUCCGACGGACGAGGAACAACGGUCGACCGGGAGAGGAUGAUGUAUGAGGACGAUCUCUCCGUUCGGCGGGAGUAUGACCGAUGGCUCGCGGACCAGCGUGAGGCUUAUGAGGCGGAGUAUCAUGCUUUGGAGGGAGACGAGGGAGCGCGCAGCGGGCAGGUGGUUCUGGGAAGAACGAAGGGGCUGACGCCGGGUUAUGUGACGCGGGACGCUUGUAAAGGAAAGGGAGACGAUAUUGAGCAUAUCCCACUACCGCAUUCUCUGAGCCAACCCGACUUCUCUCAGACCCCAUUAGAGCACGGGGAGGAGGACGAAAUCAUCGACGUGGUAGUCAUGGAUUUUGCGCUUGACGAUUUUAUGACGGCUGUACAUACCCUCCACCCUGGAUCGGAAUUGUCCAAGAAGGAUUUCAAGCCUUAUGCGGAGGGUACGAGUAUCGAUACACUUUGGGGCGCGUAUGCGGGGAUGAAGUGGUAG